AUGUCCUCGCUGAUGACAUCCACUUCCACUGACCCUGCGGGGAUUCCAGUGUCCACAAGCGAAUUGUGCUCUUCCUCAAUCUUCAGCACGAACCCUCGAUUCUCAAGCGGCGAUGUCCAAGAGCGCAUGGCUCGAAAGCGUAAAACGACUGCAAAUACUUGGGCUCACGCCCGUGAGCCCCUCAAUUCGGAGCCAUCUCGUUGCGGUCGCAAAAAUGAGAAGAUUUACUACUGCAUGCAUUGUGUAAGUCCGACUUACUCCACGACCGUUUCAACGACCUUUCGGAAUCAUCUGCUCAAGAUACACGGCAUUGAGCUGGAAGCCCAUGAACAUCCGAUUAAAAAACGGCGUGACCGUCUGAUUCAGGAUGCUUUCGCCAAGGCCGGCGAUAUGCAUGCUGCAAAGCAACUGGCAAAACGAGAAGAAACUCUGAGACAUGCCAUCAAUCACAAAGCAGCGUUGAAGGCACUUAUUCAGCUCGUGACUGUCCGUAAUCUCUCUUACAACUGCAGUUCUUGGCCAGAGCUUCAUGCGCUCAUUUCUGCAGUCAAUCCUGCGGCAGAUGACCUCAUCAGCCUUUCUCACGGCUCCAUACAGAAGCUUGUCUCCAAUUCCUUUCGUGUACACAAAGACAUGUUGCGAAGAAAAUUGCAGUCUACACCAUGGAAACUUCAUCUCUCUGCUGACGUGUGGUCUGCUCCAAAUCACAAAGCUUUCCUUGGGAUAUGCGUCAAAUUUGUAGAUCCGGAUGCAAAGGAAGCGCUGCAGGCACUAUUAGCUUUGUCGGAGUUGCCAGGUCUUGACGGGCCGGGUAGUCACGGUGGUGCCGAACAAUGGAAGCUUCUUCAGCACGUAUGCAUGAAGAGUUGGAUCAAAAGCGGGAUAACACAAGGUUACCCGGUAGAUUUACUUGAAGCGGAAAGUAUUGAGGAUAACAACGUAGAGGGGCUAGAUGAUUCGGCUGGCUGGCAGAGCUCCAACCCAGAUUCGGUUUAG